UUGUGUCUGUCCCCUCCCUCCUCGCAGGGACAGUGACCGAGGGCCGGACCCAGGUUCUCCGUGCUUUCUCCAGCACCAUCACCCUGAAGGGCUCUGGAUAACUCAGAUGUGACAUCAGAGUUGCUUAACCCCGUCCUGAUUCAGCCUUCACGCCCAAGCCCCGCUGCCAUGAAGAAGAAGCCGGGCAAUGGGCGGGGGCCGGACCCUGCGGCCCCCCAGCAGCGAGCCCGCUCUGUCACCAAACCAGCGGAGUACGUGGGAUCCUUCAUGGUGGAGGAGCUGGACCCGCAGCAGCGAGCGGGGCCACUGGAGGAGCAGCUGCGGGCGCUGAAGGACUGUCCCAGGAGGAGGUCGGUGGUGCUGAGGUUCAGCUUGCAGGGGCUGAAGGUCUACAGUGCUGAUGGGGAGACGCUGCUGAUGGCACACGCACUGCGCCGCAUCCUGUACAGCACCUGGAGGCUCCCCGACCGCCAGUUCGCCUUCGUGGCCCGCAACCCCCACAGCCCCCCCAGCACCCUCUUCUGCCACCUCUUCGUGGGGCUCCCGGGAGAGGUCCAGACCCUGCACCUCCUGCUCUGCCGCUCCUUCCAGCUCGGCUACCUCCUGGCGCACCCCGAGGAGCAGGCGGGCGAGGGGGAGCUCCCGGGGCCGGGGGUGCUGCGGGAGCCCCUCAACCCCGAGGAGGUGUCACGAAAUGUCAACGCUCUCGUGUCCUUCCGGCGCCUGCCCGCGCCCGGCGGCCUCGGCCCCCUGGGCCCCGGGGACCGGCGGCCGGGGGCGGAGGGCAGAGCCUGGCGCCCGGGCAAUCCCUACUGCUCCCCCGUGCUGGUGCGCAAGAAAGCCAUUCGGAGCAAGGUGCUGCGCUCGGGAGCCUACCGGGACUGCGGGGGCGAGGGGCAGCUCCACCAGCAGCCCCGCGACGCCGGUGAGUGGGAAAGCAAAGGGGCGAGGAGCUUGGCCUUCCUGCCCGAAAACGAGAGCGUCCUCGCCGAGAGCGUGUGGGCCUUCGCCGGCAUCGCCAGGGCCGCCGGGGUGGCUCUGCUGCGGCGGGACGUGCCCGGCGCUUUCCUGCUGCGCCCCGAGCCCGGGCUGCCCAGGCGCUGGUGCCUGUGGGUGCGGGCGCCCUGCGGGGUCGUGUCCUACGGCCUGGUCAGGACACACCAGGGCAGGUUCUGCGUGGAGCACUCCAAUGCCGAGUUCGCCAGCGUGGCCGCCCUCCUGGCCCACUACUCCGGGCCACCGGGCGGCUGCUUCUGCCGCCUGGGCCGCGGCCGAUGCAACCCCGGCUACGAGGAGCGGGACCCCGGCGGCGGGGCCGGCAGCAGCGCCGGGGCGGGGGAGGCCGCCUGGGCCCCCGCCGCCCCCAUCGGGGUGCAGCACGAGCGGGGGUAGCCCGGCCGCUCGCCGAGCACGGCUGUCCCCCGACACCCCCAGCUUUAACUCGCUGCCGCCUGCCUUAUCCCCCUGCCCGGGCUGUCG